UCCAUCGGCAACAUAUAAACGCUGCGCUAGCGCUCCGAAGAAUCAUCUACAAGAAACAAUGUCAGGCUACAAACUUUACUACUUUGAUGUCCGAGGUCGGGCUGAGAUCGUUCGGCUUUCCUUCGUUGCUGCGAAUAUGGAAUACGAAGACAUCCGAUUUACCAGAGAAGAAUGGGUCAAGGAGAAAGAAUCUGGCAGACCCCCUCUUGGUCAGGCACCAUUUCUCGUGACCCCAGAUGGAAAAGUGCUCGGACAGUCUCAAGCAAUCAUGAAGUAUGUUUGCAGAAUAGGAGGUUUGAGCCCAACAGACAGUUUUGAUGAGGCAAUUGCUGAUAUGAUUGUGGGUGGUGUUGAAGAUUUUUUCCAGGCUUUGAUAAAGGCUCAUAUGGAAAAGGAGGAAGCUAAAAAGACGGAGCUAAUGAAAGAAUUCUUUGAAGAAACUCUCGCUAACCGACUGCCAAAAUAUGAAAAUAUUUUAAAAGCCAACAAUGAAGGCAGGGGAUUCUUUGUUGGUGACAAGCUUACAUAUGCUGACAUCAUUUUCUUUGACCUGAUGAACCUUUUGGAAAAAGGCGAACCCACUGCCCCGAAAGCACUCGAAAAGUUCCCGUUAUUGGCUGCGCAUCACAAACGUGUACUGGAUGUGCCAGAAAUAAAGAAAUGGGUCGAGACACGCCCAAAAACAGAGCAUUAAAUGUUUUGUGAUUCCGACCAGUUGUUGGUUACCAGCUGUGAAGUGAUGGAAAGAAAAAUAAACUAAACUGAAAAGUUA